UGAAAAAAAAAAUAAUUGGAAUUAAAAUUGACUUUAGUGAUUUAAUUAUUAAAAUUUUCUCUGAAUAAUUUCUAAUUUUUACGCAAUUUUCUUCCAAAUUAAUACUUAAAUUUAAAUAAAAUGGCUAAGGAAGUAACAAUGUGCACGCAACUUCAAAAAUGGAGCCCAGUAAAAGAAACAGCAGGAGCUCCGAGUAUGCCUCCGCAAGUGGGGUACUGUUUUCAUUCACCAAAGAAGCAUCCCUGGAGGCCUAUUAUGGGUUACGAAGAAAUUGAAGUUACUCCUAUGCCCUCGCAACCGAUCACCAACACUAUGGUGGACCCGUGUUACACUCCGACGGGAAUGGCCGCCGAGCCGCUGCGUUUCCCCAACUUGGUGACGGGGUUCGACCGAAGUCCCGAGCAUGCGGCACGCGCGGCGCUCUACACGCGCUACACACAGUACGAGUGGAACCAGAACAGCAUUAAGAAUUACAACGAGUCCGACGCCAAGAGAAACUUCUCGGAGCGGGUGAGGAACGACAUUAUGAGGAUGUUGAGAGAAACCGAUGAAAUCGGAACUCAAGGUCAACGUGACUCCGGGCGGAGAAUCGGAGAAAGAAUCACUGAUACAACGUUUUGGAGAAAUGAGGUGUCAAUAGAAAUGGAGCGUCUAGUGGCGACAUGCGAGAAGCUAAACGAUACUCGACGUCAGUUGGAGCGAGCCAUCGCCGGCAUCGAGGGACCAUUACAUAUCGUGCAAGAGUGCUUGUACCAUCGGGAGAAACGACAGGGUCUGGAGCAAGUACACGACGCUGUAGAGCAGUCACUGCUGAAGGAGGUGGCCAUACUGCGCGAGUGUCAGGACAAGUUCCGCAACAUGCUUGAGAAGGUCCGUGCGCAGUCCAAAAAUUGUCGCGCGACGCAGCAUGAACUGGAGUCAGACAUGAGGAACAAAGAGUACGCGCUCGGUAUCGACUCCAUGUGCCAUCAGCUCAACAACUUCUCCAAGGGUCUGCAAUUCUACGCUGGCAUCGAGCGCUACGACCCGACAGUAUGCGACACGGAACGUUGGGCGGCAGCCAGCGCGGCCACGCUGCAGCGCUCGCAGUCGGAGCGCGCCAAGGCCACGCAGAUGCUCUCAGAUGCGGAAAAUCUGGUGAAUGUGUCUGCGACGGAGAUUUGGGACCAGUGGAGCAAUACCAACAGCUCUUUCACGCGUCGCAUCGCAGAGACCAUCGAGAUCAAGAACAAACUGCAGCUUCAUUUGCACAAGGUCCAGCAGGAGAUGUUUGAUGUUGAGAAGACUCUGGAGCUGUUGAAUAAAGCGAUCGAGGACAAGCUACAGCCCAUGCGGGUCGCACACACGAGGUUACAGGCGCGAACUAACAGACCGCACCUCGAGAAGUGUCGUGACGAGGCGCAGAACAGAUUGGUUAAAGAAGUGUGCGACUUGCACGAGACGAUGGAGACGCUGAGGUCGAAGAUAGCGACGGCGGAGGGAACGCACCAGACCCUGCUGGGCGUCCGAGCCGGGCUGGAGGCCGACCUCCGCAACAAGUCCACCACGCUCUUCAUAGACAGGGACCAGUGCAUGGGACUGCGCCGCGGGUACCCCGUCACUGCUGCCAUCAAAUCAUAGAGUAGAUAAAGUCUGCAUUGUUCAUUAUAUCGAUUUUCGUUGAUGA